ACUAAAACAACAAAAGAUAAACAAGUGAAAUUAAGUGUAUUGUUUAAACAAAUCAACAACAACAAGCAACGGGGCAACAUGCGGCAUUUAAUCAUGACCCCAACAUCGUUGUCGAUGUCAACGCCAACGCUCUCAUCGCUGCAUCAUCAGCGCAUGAUGUCGCAGUCACAGUUGACGCUCAACUCGCAGUCUCAGUCGCAGUCACCAUCUCCGCUAACGCCGCAGUCGGCGUCGCCUUCGUUUUUUGGCAUCAACGGCUCGCCCAAGUUCCCAGCCAACUACGAGCGCAGCGAUAAAAUAAAACUCAAACGAGUCUUGGGCCUCACUGUGUGCAGCAAUGCGGCGCUGGAUGUCUCCCCAGUCAGCGGCCUAUUGGCCUAUCCAGCUGGCUGCACAGUGGUGUUGUUCAAUGCGCGGCGUCAUACACAGGCCUAUUUGGUGAACACAUCCCGCAAAGCAUUUACUUCGGUUGCCUUUUCGCGCUGCGGCCGCUACGUGGCCACCGGCGAGUGCGGCAUCAAUCCCGCCAUUAAAGUCUGGGAACUGGAGACGCCCAACGGCAAUUUGGAGCACUGCAGCGGCGGCAAUGUAGUCGCCGAGUUUGUGGAUCACAAAAAUGCCGUCACCUGUGUGGCCUUCUCGCCCACGGGCAAGUACCUGGUGUCCGUUGGCUCACAGCACGAUAUGAUUGUGAAUGUGUUCGACUGGCGCGCCAAUCUGAAGAUGGCCAGCAACAAGAUUAGCUCCAGAGUGGCCGCCGUCUGCUUUGCCGAGGACGGCAGCUAUUUUGUCACCGUGGGCAAUCGACACGUCAAGUACUGGUACCUGGAGGGUGGACGCAAGUACAAGGAUCCCAUACCGCUGAUGGGACGCAGUGCCAUUCUGGGGGAUCUGCGUGACAAUGACUUUUGUGCGGUGGCCUGUGGCAAGGGCAUCUGCUCGGAGAGCACGUACGCCAUCACACGUCAGGGGCAUCUGGUGGAGUUUAGCUCGCGCCGGCUGCUGGACAAGUGGGUGCAGUGCCGCACGAACAAUGCCAACUGUAUUUGCGUGAACGAGCGCUUCAUACUGGUGGGCUGUGCCGAGUCCAUUAUACGCAUCUUCAAUGCGGCCACGCUGGAGUAUGUGACGACGCUGCCGCGCACGCAUUACCUGGGCGUGGAUGUGGCCCAGGGCAUACAGAUCAAUCACAUAAUGUCUGUGCCGCAGCAGGCCAAGUUCCCGGACUGCAUUGCCAUGGUGUUCGACGAGCAGCGCUCGAAGGUGAGCUGCGUCUACAACGAUCACUCGCUGUACAUUUGGGAUGUGCGCGAUUUGUCGCGCGUGGGCAAGUCCCACUCGUUUCUGUAUCACUCCACGUGCAUUUGGGGCGUGGAGACUGUGCCAUAUAAUCUGGAGCGCGAGCCCUCGCAGACGCUGCCAGAGGAUUGCUUUGUCACCUGCUCCUCGGACGACACCAUACGCGUCUGGGGACUGGACGGUUGUGCCAACAAUGAUAUCUACCGCAAGAAUAUCUACUCCAAGGAGCUGCUCAAGAUCAUCUACAGCGACAACGAGCUGCUGUUCAUCAAGGACCAGGGCUCGCUCUUCGACAAGACGGGCGGCAACUCCAGCUACGAUGGUCGCAACGGCGUGCGCUGCAUCAAGAUCAGUCCCGAGCUGCAGCAUUUGGCCAGCGGCGAUCGCUGCGGCAACAUUCGCGUCUACAAUCUGCAAACCCUCAAGCUCAUCACCGCCAUCGAGGCGCACGACACCGAGGUGCUCUGCCUGGAGUACUCCAACGACAAGAUCGAGCGCAAGCUGCUGGCCAGCGCCAGUCGGGAUCGCCUCAUUCACGUCUUCGAUGUAGCGCAGAACUAUUUGCUGCUCCAGACGCUGGACGAUCAUAGCGCGGCCAUUACCUCCAUCAAGUUUGUGGGCGCUGGCCUCAAUUUCCAAAUGAUCAGCUGUGGCGUGGACAAGUCCAUCAUGUUCCGCAGCUUUCAGGGCAACAUUUUCAUGCGCGGCGCCAACACCUCGGGCAAGACGACGCUCUAUGACAUGGAGGUGGACUCGAAUUCGAAGCACAUACUGACCGCCUGCCAGGAUCGCAAUGUGCGCGUCUAUGGCACACAGAACGCCAAGCAGACCAAGACCUUCAAGGGCUCGCACUCGGACGAGGGCAGCGUCAUCAAGCUGAGCCUCGAUCCCAGCGGCAUCUAUGUGGCCACCUCCUGCACGGACAAGACGCUCGCUGUCUACGAUUAUUACUCCAGCGAGUGCAUGGCGCGCAUGUAUGGACACAGCGAGCUGGUCACCGGGCUCAAGUUCACCAACGACUGUCGCCAUCUCAUCUCGGCCAGCGGCGAUGGCUGCAUCUUCAUUUGGCAGGUGCCCCACGACAUGAUUGUGACCAUGCAGGCGCGCAUGUCGCAGCAGCGUCUGCGCUCCGGACACCCGCCGCUGCAGCGCCCUCUAGCGCCCAUUUCGCCACCAGGCGUAGAGUCACCCACCAGCGAUGUGGAGCAUCAGCAGCAGGCGCCCAAGUUUGUUGUGGCCAGCGAGGAGCAGGCGCUGCCCAAUCGCAAUGCCUACAGGCUGUCCGAUGUGGGUCAGCUGCCGCAAUGGGCCAUGCGCAAGGCGGCGGCGGAAGCGGACAGCGGUGCCUUGUCCAUACCCACGCCCGCCAGCGCCGGCGGCAACGGCUCAACUGCAGCAAUGCACGCCGCCAGCUCCAUGGGCAAUCUUAGCUCCUCGCCAAGUCAGCAGCUGGGCGUGGCAGCGCCACGUGCGCGUGGCCGCUGGGCUCAACGCAGCAGUCAGCUGGACGCCGACGAUCUGCGCUCCAACUCUGAGAGUCCGCUAGGCACAGUCUCCUCCGUGGGCGGACACAGCGCCGGCACUGUGCAAACCUCCGACUACAAUAGCGCCUCCUCCAAGGACAUUAUGUACAAUCAAACAUAUCUGAGCGAAGACUCCUCCAUCGACUCGGGCAUGGAGACGCGGCGCGAGCUCAAGUUCAUUGGCAGCAACAACAACGGCACCAUGCCCAGCGUUCCCUCAGCAGUGGCCACCAGCAAUGGUGGCCUGGCGCCCAACUCGGCCCAGCAGCGUCUGCUGCCGGACAAGCGUAAGCCCGGACUGCGCUUCGACACGCACACGCACGAUCACGACGGCGAUGUGGAGGACAUUAGCGAUGGCGAGCGCACCAGCUCCGACCACGGCAUGUUCUACAACAAUCUGGCGCCCAGCACGCCCACAGACUUUAAGGUGACCGCCAUGAAUGAGGACGAGCUGCGCAAGUCGGUGCGCCGGCAAAAGUUUGAGAAAUCCGGACUGCAGCUGAGCACAGCGGGCGGCAAUGGCAGCUCCCACACGGCCAGCACGGGCACUGGGACUGGCACAUCGGAUACCGAGGAUGAGGGCUCCACGCCCAGUGCCGAGAAUGCGGAACGUUCGCUGGCCUCCACAUUGGGUGGCAGCAACGAGAAUUUGCCGCAAAGCAGCGGCAACAGCUUCUUGCAGGCUGCACUGCCCGAGGGGCCGGGACUGCUGCUGGAGCGUGGCACAAGCAGUCGUCGCAGCAUCAGUGCCAAGCAUAAUACGGAGAAUGGCAAGGGCAUUGCGGUGGCGCCACCAACGAUUACCAAGUCAUAUACCAGCACCAAGAAGGAGGAGUUGCUGCAGGUCAUCAACAAGGUCAAGCAGCAGCUGGAGAAUGGCACGCGUAAAAAUGGUGUCAAAAAAUUAAAUGCCAUAGCCGAGGUGGGUCAUCGACCGCUGCGUGGCAGUCAUAGCAUAUCGGAUCUAAGUCUGGCAGCAAAUCUGGAUGGUGCACGCCAAGCUGGCGGUCCGGGACGCUAUACAAAGCCAGUUGCCUCCCAUAUAACUCCACAGUAUAUUAGCGCUCCCACAACAACAGCAACAAUCCCAAAGCAGCAACCACAACAACAACAACAGCAGCAGCAACAGGUUUAUAACAACGCUACGCAAUAUUUUAACUGCGCCGCGCCCAAGUCCAAGUUGCAACAAAACUUUCAAACUAUGCGUCAAGUGCAGCAGCAUUAUCCGCCGUAUCCGCAUCACGUGGGCGUGCAUCAAAUUCAUCCGCCGCCAGGAGUGCCCUUUGCACAUGCCAAUGCCAGCUGCGCCGCAGGAUCCAGAACGUAUGGCUCACAGACUGCGCCACGCUUGGGCGCCAAGCGCAAUCCGGCGGGCAACAAUCGCCGCACGCCCAGCAUAUUGAAGCACUACAAAUCCUGUCCAGUCUCGCCCGUGCAUGAGGAGGUCGAGUGGUCAGCCGAGGCGGAGCGUGGCGUGGUGGCCGUGGAGCCCAAGCGGCAUUCCGUCUAUGCGGAUGAUGCACGCACCAUACUGGACAUGAUACAUGCGGAUACGGAGAAGAUGAUUGAUGAGAUAACACGCAAGUAUGGCGAUCUGGAUGAGCUGCCUGCGGCCAGUGCGCUGCCCGCCUCCUGCUCCAUGCCCGCCAAUCUGCGUGGCUUGGGCAGCACGGGUGAGUCCACGCCGACGGCAACGCCGCCACGUGGCCGCACCCAGUACUAUGUCUAUCGGGAGUUCUAUCAGUGCGAGCGCAAGGUCUCCUUGUCGGAUAUACUGCAGCCGGAGCAGUUUGCUGCCAGCCAGCAGCGUCUGGAGGAGGCGCGCUUCCUAGAGACCCAGCGCCACUCCAGCGCCAGCUUCUUCUUGAGCAGCGCCGGCCAGUUGCCGCACGAGCUCAGCCAGGAGUCGCUGCUCUCAGACGGCGGCAGCUACUGCAACAGCCUGGAGAGCGUCCUCUCCGACGAAAGCGACUGCAAGAGCGCUCCACUGGAGCAGCCAAUCCACACGCUGCGGCAUGCGGGCAUACGCAACUUUAUCAUACACGGACCCGUGUCCAAGUCCUACGGCAACAGUCCCAAUGCCUAUGGCGGCUUCGACUAUUACAUGCGCCAGGCGGCGGCCUCCAGCGCCAACUACGACAGCUUCGAUGUCACCGGCUACAAUCUGGAGCCGCUCAAGCCCAGCGCGCUGCCCAGCUCCAAAACAUAUCCGCGCCUAGCAGCAGCAGCAGCGCCGCCGCCGGCUGCAGCGACGCACGCCUCGGAUCACAUUCCCACGCUGCGCAGCAAGAACAAGCAGUACAACUCCGGCGUAAACAAAAGUCUCAGCAGCGACUUUGCCCAGCAGCGUCAGCAGCGCAACUCGAAUCCGCUGGCGCAGGGUCAGCAGCGCGAAUUGUUUGUGCGCAAGCCGCUGCAGCCCAAGCCGCCUGUGCCUGCCAAGCCGCACAAUCUGGUGUCCACCCUGAGCUGCAGCGUCGAGAAGCAGCAGCAGCGCCAGAAGCAAUCCCGCACCGCCAGCGUCGUGCAGCAGUUCGAGCAUAAUCUGCUGAAGUUCGAGCACGAGAAGCAGCGCGCGCAGCAGCAGCGCCCUCUGGCGGCCAUGCGCAACUCGGUAAGUAGCGGCGCCUUGGCCACCACCCAGAGCUGCUUGAAGAAAGUCUCGCGCUUCGACACGAGCGAGAGCAGCCGACGCGCCACCAGCGUGCGCCAGAAGACGCGCCCCAAGAUCAGCGUGCGCUUCAACACAGUCUCGCAGAUCAAGUAUACGCCCAGUGCUAAGCGGCAGCGCGACAUCAACAGCAAUGCGCAGGCGCAGGCGCAGGAGGAGGUGGAGCAGCAACAGCAGCUGGAGCUGGGCGAGCAGCUGCUGGUGGGCAGUCUGCCCAGCGACUAUGGCGGCGAGCGCAGCUUUGAAAUGUAUUUCCAAGAGAACGGCAAUGCGCCCGAGAAUCUCGAGCACAUGCAGAGCUACACCAAGCCGGGCAUGCAGUCCGUGGUGGAUGAGAUACAACAGGCGCGCGUGAAGCAUCAGAAGAACCUCGACAAUGUGGAGCGCUCGGGCAACUCGACGAGUCAUCAAUGCCAGAGCAUUGCCAAGAAGAUCGACAUCAUUGAGAAGCUCAUCGACAUGGAGGAGCGCAAAAUGGAGCAAAUACGUUUGGCCACCGAGACGCGUCUGCGUCCCUUUGCCUGCAACUCCAAGCAAAAGGGCUAUGUGAAGAGUCUGACCAUGAACUUUGACAUGCUCGCCAAGGCGCAGCACCAAGAGGAGCAGCAACAGCAGCAGCUGGAGCAGCAGCUGAACGCCAAUGAGGCGGAACUCUGCGCCUAUGCGCGUCACAUACGUCGCAAUUGCAGUUUGCCCGAUGUGCUUGAGAGCGCCGACUUUGCCUUUGGCCAGGAGGUGGAGCUGGCCAAGGAGGUCAUAGCGGAUGAUGAUAAGCAGCAGCAGCAGCAGCAAAUGGCUGCCAGCAAGAGCGCGCCAAACGCUGCAGCGGAGUCCAGUCAAGGUUUGAGGAUAAGCACGCCUCGUAAUCCCAAAACGCUCAAUCCCAUGCCCAUUGAGGAGUCCUCCAUACGACGCGCCUGCUCGCUGAGCGACCUACACAUGGGCAACUUUGGCAAGCCCAGCAAAACAAACGGCACACCACAGAAGCCCAUGGCGCAGCAUCGCAAUGGCAACGUCUCCCGCUCCGCCAGCAAGCGCAACAGUCUGCAGGGAAAGUCCGGGUUGGGCGCCUCCAGCAAUUCAAUGAAUGUGCUCAAUCAGGGCAGCGAUUCGGAGCCGGAGGACAGCAAUCGCAUGCGCAGCAUGAGCAAUGGACAGAGUCGUACUAAUGGACCCAUCGCUGCCAAUCGUCAGUACAACAACAAGCUCAACAAUGUCAACAGCAAUCGUCGCAAGGCGCCCAACUUUGGCACUGGCACCGCGCUGCAAGACGAUUCCAGCUCUGAGGAGACACCAAACAAUGCAGUGAACAACAAGCCUGUGGUGCCACCCAGACCACGUAAUCUGGGCUUCGAUCACAAGGUCAAACUGAUGGGCAACAGUCCCAGUAGUGGCACAGGCCCAAGCAGCGAGGCUGGCGCUGCAGAGGAUUACGAAACAACGGAUCCUGAGGCACAGGUGCAUAAUGUAAUCAACAAGCUUUAUACAACAACACAGACAGCAAUGCAACUGCAUGCGAAUCUGAAGAACUCGCUGCUGCUGAAGGAGCUGGAGAACGCUGUGAUUAUGUCGCGCAACAUGCUGGGCAGCAUUACCCAUCGACAAAACGAGAAAACACUCGGCGCCAAUGGCAGCGUUGGGGCUGGCGGACUUCAGCAGCAGGAGCAGCUGUCGGCAGCGACGACAGCGAAUCUUGAUAAUGGCGGCUAUAUGACGAUGGUCAACAAUUGUGCCGAUCUAUUGAGCAAUUUACGCACCAAGCACAAACCCGAUGACUGUGAGAAUAACUCCUAGACUUACUUUAGGCUAACGACAAAUGGCAACUAAAUUUUUUGGGGGACAAAGCAAACUAACUAAUAUUUAUUAAACAAAUGGCGCCUGGUAAACCACUGAGAAAGCAGCACAGACACAUACACACACACACACACAACACAAAAAGAAAACAUCAACUAAUUUGUAAUUAAUUAAUGCAUUAACAUUUCUAGUUUACGUUUAUAUAGACUAAUUAUUAUUAUUAGCUCCUAAGUUUGUAAGUACGUACUGUAUGUGUUUUUUUUUGGCCUUCACAUUUGUUUAUUGUAAACUUCAAGUGUGUUACGUUUUGAUAAGCAAUUUUGUAUGUGUUAAGUGUUAUUUGAGUUUAAGAAUGUGUGAUGACGAGCCAAGUAGAGCUCAUUGUGGUCUUCCACAAUGUUAGCCAGUUGUAAAGUGCGCUUUCUUCCAUUUUCUGCUUUAUAUUUUUUGUUUUUUUAUACAUAUAUAUUUAUGUAUUGUGAACAAGAAUUUGCAUCAAAGUUACAUAUUCCAAAAUUCCAAUUGUAUUGUAUACAAGUAUAUUUAUUCAAGCUCUUAUAUAUGAUUCGUGUUAACCAAGUGCUUAAGAAGUGUUUAGCAUAUGAAACGACUUUUUCCAGACUAUAUGGCAAUAUGAAAUUUCCAAUGACAACGUUCUGUAAUUUAGUAGUUAAAUAUUCGAUUGUAUUUACAAGCUAUACCUAAAAUUUAUUACACUUAAAAAAUUUGUUUAAAAACUAACAUGUA